AUGAAAGUAAAAGUUUUAAAAGUUUUCGUGAGACUUCUUAAUCAGUCUUACGAAAUUUUAUUAAAAGCAACAUCAUUUAAACAACAUGUAAAAAUCGAAACCGAAAUGAAAGAAAAUUAUACUUACGUUGGUUUAGACAUCGACACAUCGAGUCGUCGUUUGAUUGACGAGUCAUUGGUUAAUGGCUACGAUUCAGCGAGUGAGAAGCAUGAUAGAAUUGGAAUUCCGUAUCUGAACUUUUGUGAGAAUGUUAAACUUCAAAGAGAACUGCAACUGCUCGUUGAGGAAAAGAAAGAAGAUGAACCUGAAAAGUUCAACGAGAUUGCAAACGAAUUUAUUCGUGAAAAGUCUUUUGACAUUCAACAUGAAUUGGAAGAGAUAACAAAACAAAAAGUACCUAUUAAAAAUCGCUCAUCUUUGGAAAAAUGUUUCCGAUCAUACUUCCAGACAUCUCGCUUCCAUCGGGUAGCUGAUAAAGGAAACCGUGAUUAUGUUGGAGAAAAAGAAAUGGAUUAUGUUCGUGUCAAGCUGCUAAAUGUCUCAGCACAAGAUCAAGAAAGAAUUGACUAA